GUACAGCAAAAUGAAGCAGUCAUACAUAUAAAUAUAUCCAUUCUUUUUCCCCAUGUAGGUUAUGAUAAACGAUUGAGUAGAUUUUCCUGUGCUCUAACAGUAGCUUCUCGCUAAUCAUCUACUCUAUACAGUAGUGUGUGUGUGUUAUUCUCACCCUCCCAGUUCUUCCUCCCCUCCCCGAAUAUUUAUAUAUAAUUUACCACAUUGAAAAAACUGAAAGGAAAUCAGUGGUAAUGGAUUUUUUUAAGUAUCUUUGAGUUGAUUCAGAUAUCAUAAUUGAAAUAAUUCCUUUAUAACAGAAAUUCAAAGCCAAAUCAGUAAUUUUUUAAUGCGUAGAGACCAUUACUACCACUAUAAGAAGUUAAAAAAAAUUUUUUUCAUCUUCAUCAAUGUGUGUGUCUAAUGUGAGCAUCUAUCCUACUUAUGACUAUUUCUUAUUGAUGCUUUAUUUUAAAAAUAAAAUAUAAACUUGAUGAGGAAACUCUGUGAUCAGGCAAGAAAAAAAAAACAGUUGCCUCCAAAAAUACGUAUGUCCUUUUUCUGCUAGCAGCAUACCGCUUUUGGCACUGCCCUAGUCACUGUAUUUUCUGAAGAAGGUCCAUGGUUUGAUUGACAUGCUGCUUAUGUGGUAGUCUGAAUCAACACUACAAAUGAAUGGGACUUUUCUUAAUCCAGAGAGGUACAUAUUGUGUUUAGAAGUAAGAAAACAUAUUGGCAAAUUGUGUUUAGUUUUUAAAAGGUUUAAUUUUUCAUAGUAUAUUAGUAAAAUAAAUGGAUUUAAAAAAUCUUAUUCUUUUAAUAUCGUUUCUCAAAAAUGAACUAAUUUUUGGAUUAGUUAUAGGUAUGGAUUAUAUAGUGGAGACUUUCGCAAGUAUAUAAAUGAAAAAUAUAUCUGUUUUGAAAAAUUAGAGCCCUAGAGUUGAUGAAAUUAUGUUUUCAUUUUAAGGCUUUAUGUAAAUGAAAUGGUUCAACAUUGGUUAGAUCAGUUGGUAUGAUAAUUAAAAUUGUUAGAAAUACAGAUGGUUACUGUUUGAUUGCUUUUUUAUGAAUAAAUAAAAGAAGAGCUUUUAAAAUUUGGUGAACCUAAUUUAGCAUUUUUAGUUUAAAACCUUCCAUUUUUUACAGGAAACAACCACUGGUUAGGUGUUAAAUUUUAGAAUCUCUGUCUCUGAAUAAUUUUUAGUAGUUUCUAACCUGUAAAGAUUUCAACUACAAAUAGAUUUGUGAGCAUUUAAAAAAAUACCGUGAUGAUAAUGUAGUUUAAACCCAGUACAAAAAGGAAUCAAAUUAUCCAUAAGGUUGUGUAAUCUGUUUGUUACAAUUAUAUUUUUUUGUUAAUUAUAACCAAAAAAGGUGUUCUGAAUUUUUUUUGUUGUUGUUAUGUCAUCUUACUCCAUAAAAGACAGUCUAAAGAAUGUGGUCAUUGAGAAGAAAAUGUGCUUGGGUAUUAAAGAGUAGUUGAUUAAACAAGGGAUUCUGGAAUUCCAGUUCUGUUUCUACCACUUUAGCAAGUUAAUUAACUUGCUGAGUGGUUUGUCUUGCUAUAGGAAGAUGACUAUAUUUCAUAAGACCUGUUAUGUAACAGAUCUUAGAGAGCCAUGGAUGAAAUAUAUAAAAUGUAAUUAUUGAAUAAAGAUUAUACUUUGUUUUGAGUGGUGCAGUAUUAUGACUAUUAAAAGUACCAUGUAGUUUCUAGUUCUCAAUGUUUAUUUCUGUUUUUUGAGUUGUUCCUCAACAAUUUCUAAGAGAUAUAAUUAUCUCCACUUUACAGAUGAUAAAAUAAGAUUCAGAAAGACGUGGUCAGUGGGUUUUUUUACAAUAUAUUGGAUGCCUCUGUGCAAAUUGAGUUGCGUAGCAAAGAAUAAAUCACUAGAUAUUAUCAUGACUGUAAAACUGUAACUGGACUUUAAAGAAUCUUUCAGCUACGGUAUCUUUUAAAAAUUUUAAAUGAUGAUGACAUACAGUGGCAGAUGUUCUCUUUUUAGUUUUUUCUUAGCAUAUGUAUCCAUGUAUUUGUCUCUUAGAUUUUUAGUAGGAAGAAGAGAGAAUAAUGUUAAUCAGUGGCUAUUUCAUACCUAAAACAUGUAUGACACAUAUCAAGAUCAAGAAGUCAUUUUUCCAUUUCAUAGUUUGUAGAAAUUAGUCACUUUGAGUCUCGAAUGCUUUUUUUGUUGUGCCUGGCCUGAAAUUGUUGUGUUUUAAAAAAUACUUUUUGAAUUGUUUUUUAUGUGUUGACUUUUAUUCAGUGAGAGACUUUUUCUGGCUUGUUUGUUGCAGGAGAGGAAGUAUUCUUAAACAAAUGAAGAAGUAUUCUUGCUUCAUUUUGAUACUCUUAUUUGCCAAAUUCGUCUGCUUUUUUAAUUAUCUGAGAGCCAGAAUUUGUUUUGUUAUUUUGGUUCUGUUGUUUUAAGCUACCUGCUUUGUAGUUUCUCAAAAUUUGGUUUGAAUUUUGUAACUUCAGUACUUUUGCUCUUUUAUUAUGUAAGAAAACUUUUCUACCUACCUUCUGUAUACAGUGAAAUUGGCCAAAUAGCAUGGAUUUUCUUUCCAUCAAGCUUUUUAAAGCACAUACUAUGUACUAGACACUAUGCUGAGUGUUGAGAUAUCAUUGUGCCCACAGAUGGGGUCUUUCUGUCCUUUAGGGCUUAGAGUCUCAUAGAAUGAGAUUGCGUGUAAACAGCUAAGUGUGAACAGCAUGACCCAGGACACUGAUGGGAGUUGGCAUGAGGUGCACAAAAAAGAGAUUGGUCAGUUCUGCCUGCAAGGAAUUAUGGGAAUGUGAAAUCUGGAGAGACUUCCUGGAGGAGGCGGCUUGCUCUCAGUUACCUUAAAAGAUGAAUACAUGGUUUCUGGAAGGCUAGAGUAUGGUUGAGUACGUGGUAUUGAAGUGUCUGUUUUAGGUGUUUAAAAUAGUUCCUUGCCGUUUGUAUGUAGGACGUGAAGGCAAAUGUUUUGAGAGAUUAAGACAGGGACGUUUUAGGGGGCCAGACCUUGGAGGCCCUUGGGUGCUAUAUUAAAGACUUGAGAUGUUUUACCUUGGCUAGUAAGAGGACUGGGGAGUUUGUUUUAAGCAGGGCAGUACUGCCUUUUCAGAUGCUUCCCAUACCUUCAGUCUCAUCAAAAAAAAGCUGUCAACCUUUUGUAUAGAAUGAUUGAACAAAGAUAAGUCAUUUUACCAAGGUCACUCAGGAGGCUGGAGUUGGGUAUUUCCAUUCUCCCAUGUCAGUUAGGUUCCGUAAAAACCCACAUUGGUUCGGUUGAACAAGUUCCGUUAGAGCAGUUUUCCUGGAGGCAGGCUCUGGGUGAGGAGAACAGGAUGGGUGUAUCUCCGAAUGACUGCUUUCCUCCUCACCUUGCCAGGAGCAGGAGAUUUUUCUCCAGUCCUUCCCCUGAGAUGCUUGUGGGACUUCUGGAGGGAAACUCAGGAAAAAAUGAUGUUCCCCCCAAGGCUGUGUCCCUGGGGGUUCUCAGCUCUCCAGGUAGUUCACACUCAAGGCUCCAGCCAUUAAGCGCUUCACCGUAUAGUUUUUCUACCAGUUGCAGGAGGGAGCGGUCAUUUCUGCUCUCAGCAAGCUGUGGUUCUCCGCUCUGUCUCUAUUCACCCGCCGUGGUGGUUCUCGGGUGGCGGUUGACCUUAGGACCUCAAUUUUCUGGUGACACUAAAGCAGGUUGUUGAUUUUCCGUUUAAGCUUUUUCUUGUUGUGAGGAUGACGUCCACGCUCUUUACACGCUGGCCCGGAAACUGGAAAUUAGGUCUGCUCCCCAUUCUGGAUGCGUCCCUGGCUUCUUCUCGACAAAGGUUCUCGUAGUCAUCCUGUAAUAAAUGGUCGCUGAGUUCACAUUCACUGGUUCUCAGACUAUUUCUUCCUGUCACUAUUCUGGUAGUUCCUUUCAGUAAAAAAAUGUCCAGAGGCUUCUCGUUCAUCUUUGAGCUGCUUUCAUGUACAAAUAGCUCACUAAGCUGUGGAGAGAAAGAGUGUAUGUGUGCUUUCCAAGAGACAUAAAGGCAAUUUUCAGAAAUCAGUUUGUCGUAUCAGUUCCUCUUUUUGGCUUUUCUUCUUUCUCGCUUAGAGCUCUCCCCUGAGUUUUAGAACCCACAGUUUAAGUGAGGGUCAGCUUAUUCGGGAGCAUAUCACAUUACGGUCCUUUCAUCUUCAUCUUCAGACUCCUUAAACAAUUUAUGUCUCGUAGUGUGGAUAAGCAACACGCUGUAAUCAAUUACGAUGCCUCUGCUGAUGAACAUUUGGUGAAAGAUUUGGGCAGCCUAAAUGGGACUUUUGUGAAUGAUGUAAGGAUUCCCGAACAGACUUACAUCACCUUGAAACUUGAAGAUAAGCUGAGAUUUGGAUAUGAUACAAAUCUUUUCACUGUAGUUCGAGGAGAAAUGAGGGUCCCUGAAGAAGCUCUAAAGCAUGAGAAGUUUACCAUUCAGCUUCAGUUGUCCCAAAAAUCUUCAGAAUCAGAGUCAUCAAAAUCUGCAUGUGCCAAAAGCAUAGAUUCAAAGGUAGCAGAUAGUGCCACAGAAGCACAGCACAAAACUACAGAAGCACUAAAGUCGGAGGAAAAAGCCAUGGAUACUUCUGCCAUGCCCCGUGGUACUCCAUUAUAUGGGCAGCCAUCCUGGUGGGGAGAUGAUGAGGUAGAUGAAAAAAGGGCUUUCAAGUCCAAUGGCAAACCUGAAGAAAAAAGUCAUGAAACUGGAACAUCAGGGUGCAGCAUAGAUGCCAAGCAAGUUGAGGAACAAGCUGCAGCUGCAAAUGAAGAAGUACUUUUUCCUUUCUGUAGGGAACCAAGUUAUUUUGAAAUCCCUACAAAAGAAUUUCAGCAACCAUCACAAAUAACAGAAAGCACUAUUCAUGAAAUCCCAACAAAAGACACACCCAGCUCCCAUACAACAGGUGCAGGGCAUGCUUCCUUUACCAUUGAGUUUGAUGACAGUACCCCAGGGAAAGUAACUAUUAGAGACCAUGUGACAAAAUUUGCUUCUGAUCAGCGCCACAAGUCAAAGAAGUCUUCUCCUGGAACUCAAGACCUGCCGGGAAUUCAAACUGGAAUGAUGGCACCAGAAAACAAAGUAGCUGACUGGCUAGCCCAGAACAACCCUCCUCAGAUGGUGUGGGAAAGAACAGAAGAGGAUUCCAAAAGUAUUAAAAGUGACGUUCCGGUUUACUUGAAAAGGUUGAAAGGAAAUAAACAUGAUGAUGGCACACAAAGCGACUCAGAAAAUGCUGGAGCUCACAGGCGCUGCAGCAAACGUGCACCUCUGGAGGAACACUUAAGGCGCCACCAUUCAGACCAGAAGAAGCUCCAGAAGGCUCAGGCUCCUGAAAAGCAUCACGACCAAGCUGUUGUAAGUCAGACUGCUUUUAUGAUUGCAUUCCUUGAUGAAGACAAUCCCCGAAAAAGAAGGUCGUAUUCUUUUACUCAGAGUACAGGAAUCUUGUGUCAGGAAACUACUUACUCAACACCACAUACAAAACUUGAAAAAACGAAAUCUCCAACAGCAGAUGCCAAAGUGGUUUCUUUGUCUUUACAGACUAGCUCUGCGCACCACAGAGGGGGGCAUGGUGUUCCACAUGGGAAAUUGUUUAAACAGAAAUCAGAGGAGCCAUCGGUGUCCAUUCCCUUCCUACCAACUGCAUUAUUAAGAAGUUCAGGGAGUCUUGGGCACAGACCAAGCCAGGAGAUGGAUAAAAUGUUAAAAAAUCAAGCUACUUCUGCUGCUUCUGAAAAGGAUAAUGAUGAUGACCAAAGUGACAAGGGCACUUACACCAUUGAGUUAGAGAAUCCCAACAGUGAGGAGGUGGAAGCAAGGAAAAUGAUUGACAAGGUAUUUGGAGUAGAUGACAAUCAGGAUUAUAAUAGGCCUAUUAUCAAUGAAAAGCAUAAAGAUCUGGUCAAAGAUUGGGCUCUCAGUUCUGCUGCAAUAGUAAUGGAAGAAAGAAAACCACUGAGUACACCUGGAUUUCCCAGCUCAGAGGAAGGCACAUCUUCAUCUGGAAACAAGCGUUGGGUUUCACAGUGGGCUAGUUUGGCUGCCAAUCAUACAAGGCAUGAUCAAGAAGACAGGAUAAUGGAAUUGUCCAUCCCUCUUCCUUUAGAGAAUGAUGCAGAUAUCAGUGAAUCUGGCAUUUCAGUGAGAAGUGCUGGCUUGGUAGCUUCCUUGGCUGGUCAGGGAGAGCGAAGGAGACGAACCCUUCCCCAGCUUCCAAAUGAAGAAAAGUCUCUCGAGGGCUCCAGAGCAAAGAUUAUAGCACAGAGGUCAGAGAUAGGAGAAAAACAAGACACGGAACUUCAGGAGAAAGAAGCACCUGCGCAGGUGUACCAGAGGGAGAAGCAAGAUGCAGACAGAGCCCUGAGUAAAAUGAGUAAGGCAGUGAACGGUGAGACUCUUAAAACUGGUGGCGAUAACAAAACCCUGCUUCCCUUUGGCAGCUCCUAUUCUGGAAAGGAGAAGAGUGAAACUGAUAAGGAGCCCUCUUUGGUCAAGCAAACAUUAGCUAAAAUCCAGCAACAAGAACAAAAGGAACAGGCACAGUGGACACCUGCCAAGCUGUCUGCUUCAAAAAGCGUUCCUGGUCAGGUCGAUCGAUGUAGGGAAGACUCUUUGAAGCCAGAGUCACAGCCUCAAGAAAAAGUCCCAGGACAUUCUAGCAGCAAAGGAGAAAGAGUGACCCAGAACGAGGGCAAGCGAAAAAAAGCUGAGGAACUUCUGAAAAGUCAGACCUCAAAGGCAGCGGACAAGAAGGAUUCCUCCAAGCCCCUAGUGCGGCAAGGGAGCUUCACUAUAGAAAAACCGAGCCCCAACAUACCCAUAGAACUCAUUCCGCAUAUAAACAAACAGCCUUCGUCUACACCUCCUUCUUUAGCCCUGACAACUGCCAGCAGACUACGAGAAAGAAGUGACUCCAUGGACACUGACUCUAGUAUGGACACGACUCUCAUUCUUAAAGACACAGAGGCAGUAAUGGCUUUUCUAGAAGCUAAGCUGCGCGAAGAUAACAAAACGGAUGAGGGCCCAGACACCCCCAGUUACAACCGAGACAACUCCAUCUCACCAGAAUCUGACGUGGACACAGCCAGUACCAUCAGUCUGGUGACUGGCGAGACUGAGAGGAAGUCCACCCAAAAGCGAAAGAGUUUCACGAGUCUCUAUAAAGACAGGUGUUCCACGGGCUCUCCUUCCAAGGAUGUCACAAAGUCGUCAUCUUCGGGGACUCGGGAGAAAAUCGAAAAGAAAACAAAAAGUCGUUCCGCCGAUGUAGGUUCUAGGGCCGAGGGUCGGAAAUUUGUGCAGUCCAGCGGAAGAAUACGGCAGCCUUCAGUAGACCUGACCGAUGACGACCAAACCUCCAGUGUCCCUCACUCGGCCAUCUCCGAUGUCAUGUCAUCCGACCAGGAAACGUACGCCUGUAAACCUCACGGAAGGACGCCACUUGCCUCGACCGAAGAGCACGCGCACGCCAAACUGGAGGGGAGCAAGGGGACCAAAUCCAAGACUUCGCCUGGGGCGCCCGGUUCCUCGGCUAAAUCCACCACCCUUCCAAGGCCGCGACCUACCAGGACCUCCCUCCUGCGCAGAGCCCGACUCGGCGAAGCUUCAGACAGUGAACUUGCCGAUGCCGACAAAGCCUCCGUGGCUUCCGAAGUGUCCACCACGAGUUCGACGUCUAAACCUCCCACCGGCCGGCGUAACAUCUCUCGGAUCGAUCUGUUGGCUCAGCCUCGUAGAACAAGGCUCGGCUCGUUAUCGGCUCGCAGUGACUCCGAAGCAACAAUCUCUCGAAGUAGUGCCUCUUCCCGGACCGCAGAAGCCAUCAUUAGAAGUGGAGCCCGAUUAGUACCUUCAGAUAAAUUUUCUCCUAGGAUUAGAGCUAAUAGUAUCUCUCGACUCUCAGACUCCAAGGUCAAAAGUAUGACCUCAGCGCAUGGCUCUCCUUCAGUAAAUUCAAGAUGGAGGCGCUUUCCUACUGAUUAUGCUUCCACCUCAGAAGAUGAAUUUGGAUCAAACCGUAAUUCCCCUAAACAUACCCGUCUACGUACUUCUCCAGCCCUGAAAACGACUCGGCUGCAGAGCUCUGGGUCAGCAAUGCCUACGAGUUCUUCGUUCAAGCACCGGAUUAAAGAACAGGAAGACUACAUCCGGGAUUGGACUGCUCAUCGAGAAGAAAUUGCCAGGAUCAGCCAAGAUCUUGCUCUCAUUGCUCGGGAAAUCAACGAUGUAGCAGGAGAGAUAGAUUCAGUGACUUCCUCAGGCACUGCCCCUAGUACCACAGUAAGCACUGCCGCCACCACCCCUGGCUCUGCCAUAGACACUAGAGAAGAGGUAGGAGAUCUUCAUGGAGAAAUGCAUAAGUUAGUUGACCGUGUUUUUGAUGAAAGCCUCAACUUCCGAAAGAUCCCUCCAUUAGUUCAUUCUAAAACACCCGAAGGAAACAACUGUCGGUCUAGCGAUCCAAGACCUCAACCAACAGAGCCUCCUGAUCACUUAACAAUUACAAGGCGGAGAACCUGGAGCAGGGAUGAAGUCAUGGGAGAUAAUCUGCUGCUGUCAUCUGUCUUUCAGUUCUCUAGGAAGAUAAGACAGUCUAUAGAUAAAACAGCCGGGAAGAUCAGAAUAUUAUUUAAAGACAAAGAUCGGAAUUGGGAUGAAAUAGAAAGCAAGUUAAGAGCCGAAAGUGAAGUCCCUAUUGUGAAAACCUCAAGUAUGGAGAUCUCUUCAAUCUUACAGGAACUAAAAAGAGUUGAAAAGCAGCUACAAGCGAUCAAUGCUAUGAUUGACCCGGAUGGAACUUUGGAGGCUCUGAACAACAUGGGAUUUCCCAGUGCAAUCUUGCCGUCUCCACCAAAACAGAAGUCCAGUCCUGUGAAUAACCACAGCAGCCCGGGUCAGACACCGACACUUUGCCAACCAGAAGCUAGGGUUCUUCAGCCUGCUGCUCUUUCAGUCUCAGCUGAAUUUGAGAAUGCGGAAUCUGAGGCUGAUUUCAGUAUACAUUUCAAUAGGUUCAACCCUGAUGGGGAAGAGGAAGAUGUUACAGUACAUGAAUGACUUUGUCUUGCUUGUUAAAAAUUAUUACCUGUGGAAUGACUAGGAAUAUUGGAAGGAGCGUAGUGUUGACUUAUACUAAAUAAGACAGCUUGGUCAACUACAAUCUCGUUCUCUCUGUCUUCUUAAUUUUAUUUAUUUAUUUUUUUUUUACCUAUGAUGUGGUGUCAUCAUAAUCCUUUGAAGCCAUUUAGAUAACCAUUUGAUGCACACGUAGGAGAAAGCAGAUUGUGGAAGUUUCACAUGUUGUGGUUUUAUGAAUUUUCAAAUUGCAUUCGAUAAUUGCAUCCUUUCCCUUCAUAGAUCUUUGUUUUUUUUCUUUAAGCCAUGCUGUGACCUACAAGCAAACUAAAUACCCAUCAUUUCUGACCCCCAUGUCUCCUGUGCCAAGCUGCUCCCUGAAAUGGACUUCCUCCUCAUCUGUACAGAUUUGUUAAACACUUCUAUUUGCUUCUUACUAAUAGGGUUUAUAUUAGGAUUCAUGACCAUUGGCUACGAUGACAUGUUACUCUCCACAGUCAAACUGACCUUUCUGAAGAGUCCUUCUUGUGUUCUAAAAUGUUCCAGCAUAUAUGUGAUUUAUAUAACUUUGUUGCUGCGUACAUUGUCUUGGGGUUUAUGGAGAUGAAUUAUUAUGUUUGCACUAAGAUUUGCUGGGAGUGGUAGGUGGACUUAUCUGUCAAUAAGGACUGUCUCUUUUUUUCUUUUGCUUUUUUUUUUUUUUUUGUACAUAGGCGAUUGAUCAUACUGUAUUUGUUUUAACCCCACAGUGUUUUACUCCACUUUCCAAAAGAUCAAUUGGCACUUUUUUCCUUUUUUUUUUUUUUAAUGAAAGUAAGAUUUUGUCUAAUUUUAGGGCAAAUGAUAACUAGAAGGAUUAAAGUAGACAGAUAGUUUUAAGUGGAGUAUAUUUUUAAAACUAAGAACAUGUAUAUUGGUCUUGUGUUACCAAGUUUAUAUGUGACAGUUGAAAAAAAAAAUUUCCCUUGAAAUGAUCAUGAAGUUAAAAUUUUCUACAUUAGGAAACUUGGAGAACCAGUAGUCAUAAGAUUAGUGGAUAGUUUCACUCCCAGGCAAGGAAUUGCUUCUGUGUGUUUCCCUGUAGGACCCAAUAGUAAAUCCUGUCUCAGUCGUAUACAUUUAUAAGGACCCUGCAAGACAACGACCAAGGCUUUGGGCCUGUGCUAAACAGGAAGCUUAUGAAAAGUAUCUUCUGUAAACUUUUUUUUUUUUUUCUCUUUCUAGUAAGUUCACAUUUGGAUAAGUUGAAAAAAAAAUUAUCUUUUAUGUUUCCAGAACACUAUAAUUUGGGUGACUCUUAAUUCAGUUAAAUAUUAUUAGUAGACCUGAAUUUUCCAAACCCUUGACUCCCCCAUUGGUCUAAAAAAAGCUAAAACUGCAACGUUUAUGAAAUAGUCUUUAAUAUCUCAGCAAUAAUCCUGUGCUACAUUGUUUUAAGGAACUAACUCUAUACACUUCAAAACUUGGGCCAGUUAAUAAAGAUGCAAAAAAAAAAAACUGUUUUGUAGAGAUGUAAAAACAAGUCUGUUGUAUAAUGGAUCUCAUAUUUUUCUUUAAAUUAAAAAAAAAAGGGGGCAAAUGAACUCUUCUCCUUGUAAAGCUAAAUUCCCCAUUCUAGUGAAUAAAGGAAGACAGAAGAAAAGGUUUUAAAGAGUGUGAACGGAAAGGUAGAAUUGCUUUGAAGGGAUAAAUGAGACAUUCAAACAGGGUCAAUCCAUUUGAAGAAAAAGUAGAACAAAAUAAUCACCAUUAUUUCCUCUUUGGUUUAAUGUUUGGGUACUGAUUUUAUCCCCAUGGAAGUAGAAGGUAAGGAGCUAUUUAGGAAGAUAUUAGCAUCUAUCCUACUUACAUUAUUGUUUAAGUGUUUACACAGUUUUGUUCAAUUACAAACAUUUGGCCUUUUACUAUGUUAUUUUUAUUUUGUAUGAAAACAUUAUUCUCCUUAUUUAUUUUUGUUACAUUUAUUACUUAUGUUAUUUUGUUAUGCAUUUACAACUCCAUUUUUAAAUAAAGUGUUUCUGGAACUUUA